CCAGCCCUCAAACCCUAGGGGAUAUCGCCGCUGAGGCGUAGUUAAAAGAUACAUCUACAUAUGAGGAAUUUCACAAAAUUUAAAUUUUGAUCGUAAAUAAUUGAUUUGCACAGUUCUAAAUAUCUUGUAGGAGAAAAUCUUACAAUCUCAUUGUUUUCUGAAGACUUUUUACACUCUCUUGAGUGUCGCAGUGAAGGAUGGAUGAUAUGCGGCCUAGCAGCGGCGCCGCGGCCCACCUCGGCUUUGCGUCGCUGUUUCCCCCAGGUCUGCAAGCCAUCUAUGCGGAAUGUAGGCGCUUGUACCCCGAUCAGCCAAACCCGCUGCAAGUUACUGCCAUCGUUAAGUACUGGUUAGGGGGACCAGAUCCUCUAGACUACAUUAGCAUGUACAGAAACGUGGGAUGCCCUGCUCUGGACGUACAGGAACACUGGCACUACGUGAGUCUUGGCCUGAGUGAUCUGUAUGGAGACAACAGAGUUCACGAAUACACUGGUCAAGAAGGUCCAAGCGGAUUUGGCUUUGAGCUUACGUUUAGGCUGAAGAGAGAGCCUGGGGAGACUGCACCCCCAACCUGGCCAGCUGAGCUCAUGCAAGGUUUGGCUCGAUACGUCUUUCAAUCAGAAAACACAUUCUGCAGUGGUGAUCACAUCUCGUGGCACAGCCCUUUAGACAACAGUGAGUCUCGAAUCCAGCACAUGCUGCUCACAGAGGACGCCCAGAUGCAGCCAGUGCACACACCAUUUGGCCUCGUCACCUUCCUUCAGAUUGUGGGCGUGUGCACGGAGGAGCUGCAGGCAGCACAGCAGUGGAAUGGUCAGGGCAUUCUGGACCUGCUGCGGGGAGUGCGUGUUGCGGGAGGUCCGUGGUUAAUCACUGACAUGAGGAGAGGGGAGACCAUAUUUGACAUCGAUCCUCAUUUGCAACAGGACAGAGUGGAUAAGGGCAUCGAGACAGACGGUUCCAACCUGAGCGGUGUCAGUGCCAAAUGUGCCUGGGACGACCUGAGCCGACCUCCCGAGGAUGAGGAUGACAGCCGAAGCAUCUGUAUCGGAUCACAGCCACGCAGGCUGUCCGACAAGGACACUGAACAGAUCAGGGAAGCCCUGAGGAAAGGACUGGAGAUUAACAGCAAGUCUGUCUUACCCCCCAUUAACAAUCAGAGACACAAUCAAGACCGGCCACUAGAAUCAGUUGGACAUUUGCAGAACAAGCAGAAUUCAAGAAGUCGUAAGGACAGCCUGGAGAGUGAAGGCUCCGCUGCUAUUGUUCCUCAUGAGCUGGUAAGAACACGGCAGCUGGAAAGUGUGCACCUUAAGUUCAACCAGGAGUCUGGAACUCUGCUCCCACUGUGCCUUAGAGGUCGUUUGCUUCAUGGGAGACACUUCACAUAUAAAAGUAUCAAUGGUGACACAGCUAUUACGUUUGUAUCUACGGGAGUGGAGGGGGCUUUUGCCACAGAAGAGCAUCCGUAUGCGGCACAUGGACCAUGGCUACAGAUACUGCUUACUGAAGAAUUUGUUGAGAAGAUGCUAGGGGACAUCCAAGAUCUAAGUAAUCGUGAAGAGUCCAAGCUACCAAGAGAGUACAGCUGGCCUGAUAAGAAGCUGAAGAUCUCUGUCCUGCCGGAUACCGUGUUUGACAGCCCACUGCAGUAAGACUGAGAGGCUGUGACUACCCCCACAUCUCUAGAGAAGAGCUGAGCCACAGGGCUCCAGUGAGACUCAUGCCUACACACAGUUGGAGGAAAUGGACGUGCAGACGCUUCACUCCCUCUGACAGCUCUUGGUACAAGACACUGAAUAUGCCUUUUCUCCAAGUUUAAAGUCCAUUAUGCCACUUUCCUAUUGACUGUUUUUUUUUCCCAGCAGACAGGCUUUACCUUAAUUGUGUCCAGAUGCCACAAUCUACAUAUGUGCCUGCAUAGUUGGUCACAUGUAGGAGGUUUUGAUAAUUUUUUUGUUGUUGUUUUUGUUUUUUGUUUUUUUACUUUACUCCCAUACCCCAAAGACUUUUUAUGGUCCUCAGUAAGCUAGAUAUUUGCAUCAGUUUGGCUAAUUAAUUUAAAUAACCUCCUCCCAUGCUUUAGUUCCUUGAGUGAAAACUGAUAUAGUUUGAUUUUUUAAAAAAGCUUAUCAUAUGAACUCAGCUCUUGUAGAGUGCUACAGAUGUGGUUUGCAGGAAAACAUCUAGUUUUUUUUAUAGGGUGGGUGUAGCACAUUUACACUUUACCCAAAUCUCUCUCUAAGGAUUAUGGUUAACAUAAUUUUCUGUGCUAUAAAUGAGUAUGGUCCUAAAUCAUUUUAGUUUUUUUUUUUUUGUUUUUUUUUUUUCUCAAAUAGUAGUGUUUUCUUAAAUUCAUUACAGUGUUUAGUUUCAUUUUAUAGAACUGCCUUUUUGUGUUGUAUGUCAAAUGGUUAAUUAUGCCAAAGGUGGAGUUGACAGUGGUUUAUGGGUUUGUCUUCAGCCAGUAUAUUUUAACUGCAUCUGUCGUAUACCAUCAUGUAUCGCCUUGGCUUGGUAGGAAAGAUUAAACACUUUUUUUUUUCUUUUUUUUGGUUAAAGCACCCAUCAGAUUAAAAAAAUGGUGUGGUGUUUUGCAAGAACAGAUUAUAGCUGCCUGUCUCUGUCUAGUGUGAAAAUGAACAGAGAAAGCCAACUGCUAGCAGCAAAGCUAUCAUCACAGACCUCCCUCAUGUGACGAAAAGCACACUGAUAAAUCAAAAUAUAAUGAAUUUAAACAUUUCAGAAGUUGAAUUACUGAACCUUAUGGAUUUGGUUCAUUUUUCCCUCAUAGAUUAAACAUACCAGUGCCUAUUUGAGGCUAUUGUAAGCACAGUCUGUCAGUAUAAUUUAAGUUUUUAGUCAUGAUAUACUGUAUACCAAAGUCAGUGUUUAACUAGCAUUUUCAUGUCAUAAGAGAUAUGCAGCCCAGUUCACCAUUUUCCUUCCCUCAUUUCUUGAACUAUUUAAUAUGUACUGGUUAACAUUUCCACCAGACAUCCCCAUUCUUCUGUUCUGUACCGUGCCUCUUUGUGAAUGUGAAAGGUGUUUAUGAAGACAGCAGUAUGUCUUCAGAAAAGGCAUUAUUUCCUCUUUAUUUCCUGUUCUUAUUUUCACAAGGUGUUACAAAGAGCUGUCAACGUUUUUUUCGAGAGCGGGCUUUUAGUAUAUUCUUUUUAUAUUCCUUCAAAUCACUAAACUGCCUGUUUAUUGUUACCCUUAAGUGCAUUAAAGUGUAUUUACACAAAUUGUUGUAUAGUCAAGUUAGCUUUUUAAACUGCUGAUUAAAGCACAGCCAAGACCAUGUUUGUGUUAAUAAUCCAACAUUGAUUGAGUGGAAAUAAUAUAAUUGUGAUGUUCUAUGCUUUGCAGAUUAAUUGGGUCCCCUGCAGUCUUUCUUCAGCAGGUGGUGCUGCAGCUCUAAGCACCAUUCAUUUUAAAGUCUUGCUAAAUGGGGACAAAAACCAUUUUAUGUACAAUAAAUAGGAGUUCUUCCUGGUAACAUUUUACAUACACAUAAAUACAGUUUUACAGCACUUUUUUCAGUUGUAUCUGCUCUUUAAAAAAAUUUGUAAUGAAAAAUGAACUUUCAAUACUCUUGGGUUGCUCUUAGGUGCUGCUGGUAAAAUUUUAUUUUAUUUUAUAGGAAUAUGCAAGUUGUGAGGUGCCCAAUAAAUAAUGGACCACAUGAUUAAUCUA